AUGUCUACGGAAAUGGUCUUUCUGUGCACUGUUUGCACACAAGUAGUUCAGCCAACGUCAAGCGACUCUGCUUCCAAUCGUUGCAUCACGCCACAAGACCAAAGUCUUGACGGUUUUCGAAAGGCAGCGUCGGGCGACUGCUUCAUCUGCUCAAAAUUGUGGAACUUGAGUGAGCUGCAAAGGAAAGGAUGGGAGACCUUAAAUACUCAAUUAUGGCGGCCAUUGUCGUUCAAGGUCGACAGUGACUAUUACAAGGGCAAACUCCACCAGAUCAGAGUGAAUAUUAUCUACCGAGAUCCUACCUCAAUUCAUAGCGAACGUAUUACAGAUUUCCGAAUCAAGAUGAUUCCUUCGUCAGAGAGUGAAUACGAAUAUCUUUUCUCCAUUGAUAAGAUCGAAGGAAGCACCGGUUCAGCAAGAACUCUUGAACUUGCUCAUUCUUGGUUUCAAGCGUGUUCUCUUGGCCAUGAUCAAUGCAAGCGCCUGCCUACCUCAGUCCUCCAUUGGCUGCCAACCCGCCUCGUCGAUAUUGGUUCCAAGGGGGAGACAACCUGGAAACUAGUCAUCACGUCAGAUGAUCUAGAUCCGAAUGACUGGGAAAAGGAAGCGCUCACGAUGAGAGAUGUCUAUGCCAAUGCAGCUUGCAAUAUUGCAGCCUCCGCUUCGAACAGCCCCGACGGUGGAUUAUUUCGAUCUCGUGUAGCAAGGGACAUUCGGCCAGGAUACUGGGACCGCCACCUUCAGGAUGGUGCUCUGCACAGCAGGGGAUGGGUGUUCCAGGAGCGUUUCUUGUCACCACGGCAGAUUUACUUUACAAAAAGUCAAAUCAUGUGGGAGUGCUUGGAGGAACACAGGUGUGAGGGGUUUCCUCAAGGAGUCCCACUUCAUAAAUCCUCGAAGAGCAUCAAGCGCCUCCUUUCGUCGCAAGAAAAGGAUGAUGAGCUCAAGAUCAAUGGCCUCAUGUCCUUUGAUGCCUUGGAUCUUUGGAUCGAUAUCGUCACUACCUACUCGCAAUGCCAAUUCACGGUAAUAGAGUAUAAGCUCUACGCCCUUGGGGGGAUUGCCAAGCUCUUUCGGCAGGUCACAGGUGACACUUAUCUUGCCUGCUUGUGGCGCUCACGUCUUCUAUACCAGCUAGAUUGGUAUGCAUGGAUGCCAAAGUCGAGGAUCACGAGUAAAUACAGAGCUCCAUCUUGGUCUUGGGUAUCUAUUGAUGGGCCAGUACAGACAAUAUUGCCUGGUCAUGGGAAUCACUUUCUAGCUGAGGUUAUUGACGCAAGUGUGAUAACGACAAAUGAGGGAGACGACAUGGUCAAUAUAACCGGUGGUAGCAUAACGGUACGGCCGAAGGUGUACUCUACUACCUAUAAGCGGAAAUCUUCACCUGCAGAGAAUGGGUGUAUUCAUUUUGACCCUACAGACAAAGUAUUUCCUCCAUUCACGACGUGGCCUUACUUUAACGCAGUUGAAGACAGUCUGAAUAAAAGCGGCGAGACGUCAUUCUGCCCGUGA